AUGCCCACCGUUCACCUCCUCGACUAUGUGGCGGGGAACAUCCGUUCUUUGGUCAAUGCGAUCAACCAGGUUGGAUACGAGGUGGAAUGGGUUAAGACCCCCGAAGAUGUGAAGAACGCGGAUAAACUGAUUCUCCCCGGUGUCGGUCACUUUGGCCACUGCCUCUCCCAGCUCGAAAAAGGCGGCUUUCUGGGUCCAAUUCGGCAGCACAUCGAGGCGGGCAAACCCUUCAUGGGUAUUUGCGUUGGACUACAGGCCCUUUUCCAGGGGUCCGAGGAGGAUGUCAAUGUUCCAGGACUGGGUCUGAUCCCCAUGCGCAUCCAAAAAUUCGACGACAAGACCAAGAGCGUGCCACAUAUCGGAUGGAACUCGGCGAUGAACACAGAACUUGCAUCCAAAGAGCGGAGCUUCUACGGACUGAUGCCGACUAGCAAGUACUACUAUGUCCACUCCUACGCGGCCCCUUACAACCCCGGGAUUCUUGAGAAGGAUGGCUGGUCCGUUGCCACUGCCACCUAUGGCGAGGAAGAAUUUAUCGGCGCAAUCAGUCGAGAAAACAUCUUUGGUACACAAUUUCACCCCGAAAAGAGUGGUGUGGCUGGUCUUCGGGCAAUCAGCGCCUUCUUGAAUGGCGAGCAGUUCCAGUCCCUUUCGCGGGAUCUGAUUGCCGGCAAUAAAGACGGGCUGACCCGUCGAGUCAUUGCCUGCCUUGAUGUCCGGACAAACGAUACAGGUGACCUCGUUGUGACCAAGGGUGACCAAUAUGAUGUGCGAGAGAAGAGUGGCAUGGAUGCGGGUGGCCAGGUUCGAAACCUCGGGAAACCGGUCGACAUGGCCAAGAAGUACUAUGAGCAAGGAGCAGAUGAAGUUACCUUUUUGAACAUCACUUCUUUCCGGAACUGCCCGCUAGCGGACACUCCUAUGCUCGAGAUCUUGCGAAGAGCAUCAGAGACCGUUUUUGUGCCAUUGACCAUUGGUGGAGGUAUCAAAGACACGAUCGACACCGAUGGCACUCAAGUUCCCGCGCUGGAUGUCGCAACGAUGUAUUUCAAGUCUGGCGCUGACAAGGUGAGCAUUGGAUCGGAUGCUGUAUUCGCUGCUGAGGAUUACUACGGGGCUGGUAAGAAACUGAAUGGCCUUACCGCGAUCGAGACCAUUUCCAAUGCCUACGGAAAGCAGGCCGUGGUGGUGAGCGUGGACCCCAAGCGAGUAUACGUGGAUCGACCCGAGGACACCGAUCACCAUACCAUCAAGACCGCGUAUCCUAAUGCCGCCGGCCAAAGUUUCUGCUGGUAUCAAUGUACUGUUAAAGGCGGCCGGGAAACGCGGGACAUGGAUGUUCGUCAAUUGGUGCAGGCCGUUGAGGCCAUGGGCGCUGGAGAGAUCCUCUUGAACUGCAUUGACAAGGAUGGAAGCAACAGUGGGUUCGACUUGGAAUUGAUCAACGAUGUCAAAGCUGCUAUUAAAAUUCCCGUCAUUGCUUCUAGUGGAGCUGGCGUACCGGACCACUUUGCCGAAGUAUUCAGCAAAACCACCACAGAUGCAGCAUUGGGUGCAGGCAUGUUCCACCGGGGAGAAUAUACAGUGAACCAGGUUAAGGAUCACCUUCAAGCAGAGGGAUUCCUGGUGCGCCAGUUCGAAGCCGAAAUCUAA